AAAGAUGGCGCUCUUCAAGCUUUCAAAAACCAAUCGGCCACCAUUGUUGGAUGUGAUCCUUGUGCAUAGUUUGAUAUAAUUUACGUUAUUCGUGCAAAUACAAGUGUUAUUUAUUGCAUUCUUCGAAAGACUAAAGUAACGAGCAGUUAUCGGUAAAUAAUCCAGCACUGGAGUGCAAACAUACUGUAUAUUUUCAAACCUAAAAUGCGUUCAAAAUGUCACACGAAGUGAGCUUCAGAUUUGUGAACACCAUACCGUGCUCGUAAUAAAUGUGGUUUUCAUUUGUAUAAACGCGCCUUAAAGUGAAUUUAUGUGUCGCAUAGUGUUCAUUAUGUCCGCGAGGUGAUAAAGACGCUCCGUAUUAAAACAUGCGCACAUGAAAAGGAUUCGGAGGAUUCUGUACACGUCGUAGCGGAGCGCAGUUACGCGAAGGGAGGCUUCAAAGUUGCCGGCAACAUUAUGGUGGACUGACGGGCCAUUUGUUAGCGGAUCGGAAUUGAACAAGUUUUGUAAACAGUGUCGAGAGGGCACCGCGCACGAUGUCCGGCGGCUCUCAACACAAUCCUAAUGGGAGACAGUCGCAAAUAGGCGCGGGCUGGAGCCCUUUACAGUUACAGAUGGCCAACCUGAUGGCGCGCGCCCCGCAGGCGCACAUGGCGUCGGAGCGCGGCGUGACGUGGCACACGCCCACCCCCCCGCCGCACCUGUACCACGUGCCCGCGCCCUCGCCGCCCGCCAUCGACCCGCUGCAGGGUCUGUUGACGUUGCAGGCGAUGAAGGGCGGCGGCAACUCCGUGUUCCGGCACAGCGCCACGCCGCCCGAGCUCUACCGCCACACGCCCACGCCGCCGGACAAGCAUCUCAUGAGGCACACGCCUUCUCCGGGCGACGUCAAGGCCACCGCAGCGCUGCCGCCGGUCGAACUAUAUCCGCACUUGGGUCCUGGCAGAGAGAAGCUGGUCCGGGCCGAGGAGCUGCUGGGCUACGCGCGCGGCGGCGUGGACCUGACGGUGGGCCCGCGCGGCGCCAACGGCUCGCCCGCCGCGCCCGCGCUGUCCGUGCGCGACGCGCCCACCAUCAACAGCCUCAUCGCGCGCGCCGCGCCGCGCCCGCCGCACGCGCGCGUCGACGCGCUGCUGGAGCGCCUGGCGCCCUCGCCGCACUCCGUCAUCGUGCACCCGCGCGCCGCGCCCACGCCCUCGCCGCCCUCCUCCAACGAGGAUUCGACAGAUUCCUGCGGGGCACCCACCGGAUCCAAACGGAAAAGAAAACCGGAGCGCACAAUACGCGUGCCGGUGCCACCGCCCCUACACCCGCCGCCCGAGGCGCCCAAGCCCGCCUCCCCGCCCCGCGUGUCGCCGCACACGGAGCCGCCCCUCGAGAACGGCGACGCCACGUACGAGACACGGAACGGACCGGAACGACCGCUCUCCCCGCCACAGGCCGAGCCGCACGUGCGCAGAAAAACCCGCUCCGGCUCCGCCGAGACCAUAGAUGACAUCGCCGCCAUGAUCGCCAGCACCACCACACACAUAGACUCGACGAUAGAACCUCUCCCCGCGCCGGAACCGGAGGCGCCGGUCACGGUGGACAAGCUAAAAAGCGUUCUAGCCAGCCCCGAACCUGAACCUAAAUCCCCGGUUCCUCUGAAAUCCGAAAGCCCGCCACCCCAGCCUGAGGAACACAAUUCGCCGCCACACAACUCCCCCAAGAAGUCCUCCCCACAAAACUCCCCACCGCAGAAAUCUCCCCCGAAGGCCGAGGAGCCCGAGCCGCCGGCGACCGCCGCCGCGCCGAGGAGGCGCAGUGCGCGGAACUCCAACGCGGAAUCCACUAACGUACCUGUCGCUUCGCCGUCUGAAGCCAAGCCUGCGGAGCCCGAAGCGAGCGAAGCGGGCGAAGCGAGCGAAGCGAGAACUGCGGAACCCACCGCAGCUAGCUUCGUCGAAGUGGAGAACCAGUUGGAGAAAAUGUUCGCCGGCCUCGAAGAAGAGAAUCCGGCUGAGGCGGAGCAAGAAGAGAAAACGGUGUCGGAAAAAAAGCAAACCGCUAAAGCCAGGAAACGGAGAAAAUCCGCUCCAACUAAAGGGGAACGGAAGGCGUCGAAACGAUCUAAUAGAUCGGCUACUGGAGACGAGGGUCCCAGACGGAAGGUGGCGAGGAAGAAGGCGGCGGAGAAGAAAAAGAAGGAGCCGGUCACACCACAAGUGCCAGUGAAGGAUGCGUACGAUUCCGGGAGCAACGCCAGCUCGAGUCGAUCAAGAGGACCAUACAUACAGAUCGUGGGACCGAGGGACUCGCCCGUGUCGGUGUCGGUGGUGAACGCGCCCGCCGGCGCCGCGGACGAGGAGCGGCGCACGGGCGACGAGUGGCGGAACGGGCUGCGCGCGCGAGGCCUGCACGCGAGCACGCUGGGCCUCCGCUACGACGCCUCCACGCCCGACGCCUCGUGGCUGUGCGCCUUCUGCGAGAAAGGGCCUCACUUUGCAGGCCUCGGUGAUCUGUUUGGACCCUACCAACUGGAUACUAGUUGUGAUGAGUUCAGAACACUAGAUGAAGUCUCAAAACAAAGAUUCGCGUCAUCAUCGGGAGGUGCGGAAGUUUGGUUCCACGAGGCGUGCGGUGUCUGGGCGCCAGGGCUCCUAGCGGCCGGCUCCCGUGUGUGGGGUCUCGCCAGCGCCGUGUGCGGAGCCCGAGCCGCCCGGUGCGGAGGCUGCGGCCUGCCGGGUGCUGCGCUGACGUGCGCCACGCGCUCCUGUAGAGCCACGACCCACGUACCGUGCGCCACCACUUGGACCUUGAAGGAUGAUUUCCGUGCACUGUGUCCCAGACACGCCUAGCGAUCGUAAUAGUGAUAUAUCAAAAGAGCCAGUUAAUGUGUUACCGGUGAAACUAGUGAUACUUGAUAUGUGAAAACUAGUGAUAUGUGAGUGUUGUCAAUGCUAGGGACAUGUGCAAGAAACAUGUGGAACUAGUGAUGUGUAAACAUUGUGUAGCCGAAAGCAAUUUUGUUACCUGAUUGUUUUAUGUGAUGAUGAUGGAUGAAGCCUGUCUUUAUCUGGCUUAAAAGGAGCAGGAUUUCAGCCAAGUUCUGGACUGAAUGUUAGAUAUGUGAUUUAAUGAUUUAAAAAAAAACACUAGAAUGUGCAGAAGAAUUUUGUUACCUGAUCAUGUUUAAGCAAGUUUUAAUGUGCUAAGUUGACUUAAUGUAAACAAAGAAAUUAUGAAAUUGCUCUUAGAUGGCCUUGUAAGAAUUAUGUUGGGUAUAUGUUAUAUAUACAGUAUGAUUUUUUUUAUGUAUUCAGAUUAAACGAAAAUUAAUAAGCACUGUGUAGGAAAUGGAAAUAAUUUUGAUUAUUAACAUAACACAAUUACAAUAUGCUUUGUUUGCAUAUUAGUACUUUCCUUUUUUUGGGGAGUGUACCUAUAGACUUCCUGUCUAUGAGACAAUUGUUUUUUUUUCUAAUUCUUGCAUUUUUUCACUUUUUUGACACAGCUUUGUUAUCCAGUUUGGUUAAUCAUAUGUUCCCAUACAGGAAUAAAAUAUUGCAUAUAUUGCUUAGUGAAGAUAUAGCUUUCUCAAGGUAAAGUAAUUUUUAAAAUCAGUUAAGUAGUUUUUGAGUUAAAUGUUAAACAUUAACCUUCACUUGUUAUUGGCUCUCCAUUAAUGAAUCAAUCAGUCACAAUUACAAAUUGUAUAUGGGGCCACCUAGAAUAUAACAUUUUAUUCAAAGAUUUUUUUUAAUAUUGAUGCAUUUUUUAUUUAUUUCGUAUAUGAAUACAUUAAAUACAUACAUAUAUUAUAUUGUAAAUAAACACGCACCAACAUUAAACAUCAAUUCUUUCCAUUUUCAACAUGUGCUUUUUAUAAAUACUCAUUUUGGAGUAAGUACAGUCUAUUUAAGACUGUCAACUAAUGUACUUAGAAAUUUUUAAACUUGACUUCAUUUCAAUGUGGGAGACUCCACAUUCAGCUGACAUGUACAUGUAGGCAUACUCUAUAUAAGAGUCAUCGUCCACGUGUUACAAGGGUACAAUAAUGGAGGGGAUGGAUGAGGAACGGGUGGCAGGUGGACUCCAUUAGGACUACCCACAAACUCCCAUGGCCCUUUUAACUUUCCGGUUAUAUGGGCCAAGUCUAGGGAGGGCAAACCUGGUAGUUGCUCUAUAGCGAGUUGCCAGGACGCCUUCUUGACUUCCUCCCUACAAGUGGUUUCUCUUUUCGCUCCUUGUCCCUUGAUGCUCACUCUCUCUCUUCUGGGGCUCCACUAGAAUAAUUUUAAGUUGAAUCAGUGAGGAUAGUGGAUUAUGCUACAUUAAUGCUAUUUGAAUCUAUGUAAUAUGCUCUCCCCCAUAAAUAGUUGAUCCGUGACAGUUAUAGAACUCUUGAGACGCAAUAUGGAGUCAUAUGUAUGCUGUGCAGUAGCGGUAUGGGUAAACUGUUUAAGUAUUAUGUCUUACACACUUAUUUGUAUAAUUGGAAUUAUUGGCAUCCUAUGUUACUCAAUUUUUAGAGAUUUUACACGAUAUGCCAUGCUAUUAAAGCUUCUUUGAACAUACAAAACCAAUAAUGAAUCGGACCAUGCAUUUGGAUUGUAUGUAUGGACAUACGCAUAUGUUUUUCGCUUACCACAUACAAUAGAAGCAUACUGGAUCGUCCAGUGUGAAUCUGAUCUAUUCAUAGAGAAGCGCGGCGUAUUGUUCACUCUUCUUGUGUUACCUCCCUCAGAAUAAUUACAUAAGGACCUGCCUCGCUAGACGUUACUUUUCUGUCAAAUUAUAUGAUCAACAAUCUAAUGCUAUCCUAAAAACUGCCACUAUAUAAUCAAUGUUUCAUAUUUGUAACUGUGUUUGUUGGUUAAAAAGCUCCAUAUAAAUAUAUCUUUUGGGUAACUAAAUAGUGUAAAAACGGUCAACAACUUCUAGUUUAGUACAAAAUAUAUACAGAAAAAUCGAAAAAUUACAGACAAUUCUGUUUGUGAAUUUGGGUGCUAUACUAUAAUACUAGUCCCUAUGUAAUUAGUCUCAGGUUACUGCACAGCCCUGUAUCACGCAGGUAAAGACUCAACUAUUAAUUAAUCCUUAAGAUUGAAUUUGCUCUGAAUUUGGGACUUUAUUGAAUAUUGGACUAUGUUUAUAGGCCUUUAGGUAUAAUAAUCGUCACCAAUAAUUUUAAAAUUGUUAAAGCUAAGUUGGCCAGUUUUCAAGUGAAAUUUUCUACAUGAUUGUGCGUCCUUUUAUUAUAAGAGGUCAAUGUGUGCAAAUGAUAAAAUGAUUGUCGGCGAUUAUGGACUUUUUUUAUGUCUCUUGCACCAAUCACAAGUGCAGAAAUUUAAAUUUAAACAGUCUUAUAUCUGAUGAUAGAAUCUCUUGCGACCAUAAUCAUAAUAACAUUAUGUUUAAUGGUGAAAGUUUUAUUUAAUCUUUAAACAUGUAAACCAUGUACUGGUGGUAGAUUUUGUUUUGUACUUGUAAUAUUAGUAUCUGUUAUCUACCUAUAGUCAAAGGAUUAAUUCCAGUCAGUAAAAUGACAAGUGCAACUGUCACUGAAAUGUCAUUUUAAUGAAAAUGUCAGUAAAAUUACUAGUGAAACUGUCACUGAAAUGUCAUUUUACUAGUAAACUGUCACUGAAAUGUCAUUUCAGUAAAAUUAUAUUUUAGUAAAGUGACGGUUUCACUUGUCAUUUUACUGACUGGAAUUUAUAAUUGUACUAUAAAUAUAUUUAUCACAAAAGUAUAUCAGUUUGAUGCAUUUAUGCAAUGACUGAAACUAAAAUACCCAUCUCACAUGGAUAGCCAGUAAUAAAAAAUGUAAGAUCAAGAUAGUUUUUUUAAACAAUUUUGUGUUUUUUUAAUUAAAAUUUAUUGUAAGUUUAUUUCAUGAGAUGGCUGGCAUUUGUAAUUUAUUAUACAUUUGGGUGAGAGACAGGUACUGUGGCACAAGUUUUUAACUUUUAGCAAUACUCGAUUAAAUCUAACUACCAACUUUUUGGCUAUUUCAGUUAAAUCUAGUUGACCAUGAGUAAUGAGUAUAGAUUAAUGUUAACGAUAAUAAAUGCCUGUUAUGGAUGUGUUAUACAGUGUGAUGUCGGUUUAACAAUGUCACAUUUAUAUAGGGUGUUCUGAUGCCAAACUGCCAUACAUUUCGUAAUACACCCCAUCUAGGUUACAUUCAAAAAUUGGCUAUAUAAAGAUACUAAGAAAUUAUUCAAGUUAAUGUUUGUUCAUAUCAAUUCAGGUCACAAUUUUGCUUUAAAUAUGUUUUGCGUAAUACAAUGUUUAUAACUUAGCUGGCGUGUAUAGCUUAGUUAAUAACAGGAACAAAUCUUCCAAAGUCCCAUCGUCUCGUAGACACACAGCAAUUAUAUCAUACUAGAUGUUAAUAUAGCAAAAAAAAAUUGUAGAUAAAUUCUUGUUAAAGUAUUAGAACUAAUUUAUUCAUACCAACGUUUCGUCUAAAUAAAUAAAUUCGUAAACAUAAGUAUUAUAAUGAUAUUGUACAGAAUAUUUUACAUAUUAUAUAGACUUUUAACAGUGAAUAGUUGUUGGAUAUUGGAUUUGGAGUUUUGUAUAUAUAGGUGAUAGUGUGUAUAUAACCAUUGGAAUGCAUCAGAACACCGCUUUUUUAUCGGCAAAUCGGGUAAUUGAGUCCUCAACCCCAUAGCACAGAGUGGUGAUAUGACGAGAGGGGAGUGAAAGGAGUGGGUUUUAAAUGCAUUUUCACUAGUACACCAAAUAAUAUACUCAGAGGCACAAUUAUCCGCCCACUUUAAUGUAACGUGAGUAUAUUAAAGUGAGCGGAUAAUUGUGCCUCUGAGUAUAUUAUUUGGUCUACUAGUGGAAAGUACUAUCGGGGAAGGCUAUAGGCUAUAUAUACUCAGAGGCACAAUUAUCCACCCACUUUAAUAUACUCACGUCAUAUUAAAGUGGGCGGAUAAUUGUGCCUCUGAGUAUAUUUAUAAAUAGAUUCGCGACUCCGUUUGCGUGAUCCCGCAGUAACCAUGAACUUUACCAGGAUAAAAAGUAGCUUAUGAUCUGAUCCAAGGUCCCAUUUAUGAGUAUACCAAAAUUAAUUUAAAUCGAUCCAGCUAUUUAGCUAUGAAAAGAUAACAGACAAACUUACUUUUAUUUUUUUUUUAAUUUGUCUACAUAUUGUUCUCAUAUUGUGUCAUAUCUGCACCACUGUAUAUUAGUCUAAGAUCCGAAUUAGAAACGACUUUCACCCAUCUGUUCACUGGAUGUAAAGUAUUUUAUAUCCAAUUAAAUUAAAUAUGUCAAUGAAUGUAUUGCCAAAAGUUUGCCUAAAAAAACAUGAUGAUGUCCAUAAUCCAGGACUUUACGAUAAUGUCCAUAAUCCAAGACUUUAUGAUGAUGUCCAUAAUCCAGGACUUUAUGAUGAUGUCCAUAAUCCAGGACUUUAUGAUGAUGUCCAUAAUCCAGGACUUUAUGAUGAUGUCCAUAAUCCAGGACUUUAUGAUGAUGUUCAUAAUCCAGGACUUUAUGAUGAUGUCCAUAAUCCAGGACUUUAUGAAGAUGUCCGUAAUGCAAAACUGAUUUUUCGCUGACAACCCUGUUCGUAAUGACAUUUUAACUUAACUUUAAUUCAUUAACCACUAAUCAGACACUAGUUACUAGUAUUGAUUUAACCUGUUUAUACCAAAUUAAAUAAAUACUCAACCUAAUGCAUUCUUCUUCUUUCUUGAAGAAGAAGAAGAACCUAAUGCAUAUUCUAUAGGCUUCAUACUUUCGCUCACUCGUUUUAGUAUGGACUUCGUCUGUGAACCAAACCAUUGAUUUGAAAUAAAAAUUAAAUUGUUGAUUAAGCAUUUUCUGGACUGAUUUUUUUUUCAGGCAACCCAUUGGCAAUAUAUUUAUUGGCAUAUUUAAUUUGAUAUAAAAUAACUAUUCAUCCAGUAAACAGAUAGGUGAAGUUCCUUUUAUAUUAGGAUUGUGAGUUUACUAUAUGUGUGUAUGCGCGGGAGAGGACUGAGUUACCUGGUAUGUCUAUAAUUGUAACAUAGUGAAGGUGGUAUAUUCAAAUAGGGAAACAGUAUUUCGUACAAUGUAGCUAAGCGCAAACAUUGCCUCCAUUUGUUCAACGUAAUAUUUGUAUUAUUACCCCCUUUCUGCAACAUAUCUAUUUGAAAUAAAUAAUAAGCUAUGAGUUAAGACUUGCAACUCAACGCGGCUCGUCUAAUUUGGAUUUUUUCUUUGUGUCACCUCUAUAAUGUUAAGAAAAUUGAGUAAACUGAAAACAGAGAUGCAAAUAAAUUGAGUUAAAUUUAUGAAAAUUACUUUUUCAAAAUUAAGUUUUAAAUAUUUGGAAGUUUAAAGAUUCCUUCGACUGAUUUACAACAAUAUAUUUUAUAAUAUUUUUCUGCUAAAGAAACAAAUUUUUUUACUCCGCAUUUUUUUGAAAAGUAAUAACUUCUUAUUAUCAAUUACAUCACAUGUCUCCUUUAUAUGUUGUUUCACUUGAACGAGCUCAUGAUUAGUAGAUCCCUUACACCUUGUAUAAAGACAGAUAGUUGCAGAAAGGUGCAUAUUGGAAUGUAUGAUAUGCCUUAUCAAGAAAAAUCUAUGAAAACAUUGUGUAUGAAUAAUGUACCGCAUAAUAAAUUGUAUGCAGUAUAAUAUAAUAUAAAAAAAAAUAUAUAUUGUCGCGGGCGAUCAAUAAUAAAAUCGGGCCAUGUUCUUUUGUCUACGCCUUUUUAAUAACUAUGUCCUAAAAAUGUACACCAUCCGUAGAAUAUAAUUUACAAAACAUUCUCCAAUUCCAAAAAUAAUUUUAACUAAACUACAGUCUCUCUUGAUGAGUACUGUUUACCAACAAACAAAUUAAAAAUGAGGGUAUAAAUCACUAGUCAUUUCACAUUUAAUAAUAAAUAUAAUCAACUUGUUCUUAAAUUAAUAAAAAUAAAUUUGAUUAAUAAAGCUUAGAACAAGUAGAUAUGGUUAAUAUAUUUUAUAAAACAUUUUAUAAACAAACAAUACAUCAUUUAAAAUAAAUAAGUUAUGAAAUGACAUGCAUUUUCUACCUUCAUUUCUAAUUUAUUUGUUGGUAAACAGUAUUCAUCAAGAAAGGAAAGGAAUAUAGUUUUUUUUUUAUAUUAACUUUGCUUUUAAUCUGGUGGAAAUUAAAAUAAAACAAACUAAAUCUUUCAUUGUAAGGCAAUAAUAUCUAAAUUUAUAUUGAUAUGAGGUUGUAAACAUUUUAUUGUGAUUCCAUAUAGCAAUAACUUAGCUAGAUGCAUCUAGAAACUGAUGAAUAGCUUGGAUCUAUGCUUGUUUAUACAAUGUUGUGAAGCAACUAUUUGGUUAGCUGUUAUUAGUAAUAAAGUUGUGGCUGGUGGGAGGCUUCGGCCGUGGCUAGUUACCCUACCUACCCACCCUACCGACUAAGACGUACCGCCAAGCGAUUUAGCGUUCCGGUACGAUGUCGUGUAGAAACCGAAAGGAGUGUGGAUUUCAUCCUACUCCUUAACAAGUUAGCCCACUUCCAUGUUAGAUUGCAUCAUCACUUAUCAUCAGGUGAGAUUGUAGUCAAGGGCUAACCUGUAGAGAAUAAAAAAGCAAGAUUAAAAAUGUGAUUUGAUAUUGCUGAAAUGGUAAACUAUCUGAACCCUAAGCAUUCAUAGUAAUUUGUUGCCAUUUUAUAUUGUGAACUAGUCUUAACAUAUUUAUUAUUGGAUUACAAUUAUAUAAUUACAUGCUUUGGUUCACUUUGAAAAUAUUAAAUAUGAUAUCUUUUUAAGCGUCGAGACAUCAUUUCUCAUUUUUGCUGUAAAAAUGUUGCAAAUACUUGUAAAUUGAAGGCCACCACAAUCUAAUAGCAUGAGCUGACAUAGCUUUUAAAAACAAAUCAAGAUUCAUUCAUACACCAUACAUAUUCAAUUGUUUUCCUUUUUUUUUAACCAUCUCCACUUGCCCAAAUAUUGAUGGCUUGUUACUGUCAAUCUGGUCCACCUCUCUACUGCACAGUACAGGGGUGGAACAGGGAACCAUACAUUUUGUAUGGAACGUUUACACUUAUGUGCUAUGACGUGUCGUGAUUGCUUCUGAUGUGCCGCAUACAAAAUGUACCUACGAUACCGAUUCUGUUCACGACACGACACGUCAGACAAAUAUAAAUCCAGCUUUACAGCAGCGCGCAUGAUUACUUACUUCUGUGCUAGCAAACUUCUCAAUUUUAUUUUUCCCACCGCCCCAUUUGAGAAUAUUUCUUCGUACGUAAAAAAAUCGUUUUAAAAAAUGAAAUUUUUCUCAUCACCUAAUUGUAGAUGUAAAUCUUUCCAAUUAUUGUUAUAUAUUUAUGCGAAUUUUCACACAGAUAGUAAAACCAUUUUGGAAAUUUUCUUUUUUGAUUAUAUUAUUUUAUAAUCUAAAAAAUCGAUCUUCUGCGUUCAUCCCUAAUGUGCCUUCACAAGGCCCUAAAAUUCCUCUGGGUUCUCUACCCCUAAAAAUCAGAAACGAGAAUUAUUUAAUUGCUCACUUUGAGAACCUAUGGCCACUGAUAUAAAAUUUAUAAUAAUAAGAACAUUUGGAUUCUACAAUAUAGCUACAAUAAUAUACUAAUAAAUAAAUAAAUCGUGGUUAGGAUGUUUACAAAAUGAAAUGUUGAAAUUAUUUUCUUUUUGUGAUAAUAAUAUUAAUCUACCUUCUGGUGAAUGAUUUCUAGUUUACUUUUUUUAUAACUUUUGCUAUUAAUUUUAUAUUAUUUGCGCUCCACUUUAAUUUAUUAUAUACCUACUUAUAUUUUUAAUUCUGACUACAUACUAUUAUUAACAUCUCAUUAAAAUGAAUGAGUUCACAAAAAUGGCAACUACUAUAGUAGUUAAUUCAAUACUUAAUAUAUGAGUAUCAUUUUAAUUGGAAGGAAUUUCAAUAAAAAAAAAGAAAAAAAUAAUAAUUUUUUUUUUAGAUUAUACAUACUAAAAACAAACAGAAAAUGUCGAGGAAAAAGGAACAUUAAUUGAAAAUGUCCAUGGAUUUGUAUUAUUUUUUGUCUUUGAUUCAUACUUAACUCAUUAUACUUUAAAUCUGUAUAUUAAUUACAGAAAAACACAAUUCUGGAUUUUUAGGAGAAGGAAAGAUUAGGUAAAUUUCAAGGAUUGUCACAAAUUUGUAAAAAUAAACAAGUUACCGAUCACUACAAUAUAAUUUGUUUUUUUUUUAAGCUAUACAAUUUCUAGCACUGGCGUAAAAGAAGUUAAUUUAUUAUUAUCUAAGUACAUAGAAAAAACUAUAUCUAUGUAUUAUUUCCGGUGAAUAGAAAAUAGACUGUAUUUAGAGAAGAUUAAGGUACAAAUUUAUAGUAGGGGAAAAAUCAGGCCAGUUAGCGUUUUUAAAAAACCUUCAUAGAGAAAAAAAAAGUACGGACAUCCCAAAGCCUUAGUAUUUGUAAAUGGUGUAAGAUUUUUUAAUUACUUACGGCGAAAUAACUACUUUUUAUUAAGUAUGUAAUUGUUAUAAAAUUAUAUUUAUCAUAAUAUUAUAAGCAAAUUGAAAUACAACAUGUUUAAAACGAGAAA